AUGUUUAAGAAGAUCAUGAAAGGUGGGAGCCGGAAGCUCUCUAGAAACGAGUCGAAUGAUCCGUCUAUGUAUGGGUUUGAUCCGCCGGGUAGGUCAGGUCCUGGGUCCAAUAUGGUUGUAAAUCACGCAUCUCGUGGCUCGCCGGUUCCUUCUUCUCCGGUUUCAAGGGCGGCCACGCAGCUGCCUCCGAUGUAUUCAGUCGAGCCUCUCCCGUUGUUCAGAGACGUGCCUGUCCCCGAGCGCCAAACCCUGUUCCUGCGGAAGCUGCAGAUUUGCUGUUUCCAAUUCGAUUUCACAGACACAUUGAAGAAUGCGAGAGAGAAGGAGAUCAAGAGGCAGACCUUAUUGGAGCUGGUGGAUUUUAUACAGUCUGGUUCAAAGAUGAUCAAUGAGACUUGCCAGGAAGAAAUGGUGAAGAUGAUCUCUGUCAAUAUAUUCCGGUGUCUCCCUCCGGCUUCACACGAGAACACAGGUCAAGAGCCUGCGGAUCCUGAGGAAGAAGAGCCUUAUUUGGAGCCUUCUUGGCCUCAUUUGCAGCUUGUCUAUGAGCUUCUGCUGAGAUACGUCGUUCCUUCUGACACAGAUACGAAGGUUGCUAAACGGUAUAUUGACCAUUCUUUUGUGCUGAGGUUGCUUGAAUUGUUUGAGACUGAAGAUCCAAGAGAAAGAGAGUACUUGAAAACGGUUCUUCAUAGGAUCUAUGGCAAGUUUAUGGUCCACAGGCCCUUUAUUAGGAAAGGAAUCAACCAUAUAUUCUAUAGGUUUAUUUACGAGACAGAGAGACAUAGCGGGAUAGGGGAGCUUUUGGAGAUUCUCGGUAGUAUUAUAAAUGGGUUUGCCUUGCCAAUGAAGGAGGAGCACAAGCUGUUUUUGAUCAGGGCGUUGAUACCGCUGCAUAAGCCGAAACCAAUCGCUAUAUAUCAUCAACAGUUGUCUUACUGCAUCGUUCAGUUUGUGGAAAAAGACUAUAAGCUUGCGGAUACGGUGAUCAGAGGGUUGUUAAAGUUUUGGCCUGUGACAAACUGUACAAAAGAGGUUCUCUUUCUUGGUGAACUUGAAGAGGUCCUUGAGGCUACGCAACCUGUUGAGUUCCAGCGUUGUAUGGUUCCUCUGUUCCAACAGAUUGCUCGCUGCCUCAAUAGCUCUCAUUUUCAGGUUGCAGAACGAUCUCUGUUCUUGUGGAACAACGAGCACAUCGUUGGUCUAAUCGCUCAGAACCGGAGCGUGAUCCUUCCCAUCAUAUACGGUUCCCUGGAGAAAAACAUAGAGUCUCACUGGAACCAAGCGGUUCACGGUCUAAGCUCGAAUAUAAAGAGGAUGUUCAUGGAGAUGGACCCUGAGCUCUUUGAAGAAUGCCAGCAACAGUACGAAGAGAAACAAGCCACAUGGAAAGCAGUGGAAGAGCAACGUCAAAGUAGGUGGAGGAGAUUAGACGAAGCAGUGGAAGAGCAAGAAAGACUAGGAGGAGGAGAAGAUUAUAUGAUCACUUCUUAG